AUGCCCCAACGCUUAUCUUGGCCUCUCAACCGAAUGCUAAGAAAACAUCAAAAUAAACUCUACACUACUCCUGAGUGUAGUUUCGUCGCCUCACUUGCAAGUGGGAUGAUACUUAGGUGCAAAAAUGUGUGAUUGGAGCGUGAAAAAAACAGACAACUAGAUAUGUAGACUCUACAGAGAACAUCUCUGGGUAAUGAAUCAAUAAUAUGCCUAUCAAAAAUACUUUUCGCCUUUUUUGUGUAGAAAAGGUGGAAUUCAGCGAUGACAAUCAAUGGAUCGCGAGUUACGUACGCACCAAUUUAUAUGGGUCAUGGGCAUUCUAAGCGCACCGAACUCAUGUAAUUUUUCAACUUUGUGACAUCUUCUAAAAAAAUCAAAUAAUAUCUUGGUUCAACGAAAAAAAUUCCAAGAUACGCUAUCUCGUUCAAAGUUGUUUAUAGUUAUUUGGCUAUAACUCUGGUUUUUUUCAAAAAAAAUUUUAGAGCGAAAAAGUAUGAAAAAAAGUGAGAAAAAGUCAUCAAACAGAAUAUUUUUUUCUUGAAAAAAUUUCUUGCAUGUUCUCGUAACUAUUUUUUUGAGAGAGUCGAAACUGAAAAAUGAAGAUCGAAACAUUUUUUUCAAAAACUCAAAUUUGAUCUGAUUAAGAAAUAAGAAAGUUGUUAAGACUACCUCCAUUUCAAAAAUUACUUUAAAAUCUUAGGGAGAGCAGAAACUAGUUCUACGGAUACCAGAAAGACGGCAACAGCGCGAGAAUCGAGCAUCUGAUGCACGAAAAAAGUCCAGCUCUCGUUUCGUUGUACAGGGCUCGGCCUCAGAAACUGCUUCUGCUUCAACUCCGACGGCUCCAGCUCCGACGGCUCCAGCUCCCUCAUCUCUCAGCCUCUACAGUCCCAUUGCCAACAGCUUCACCAGCUCGAGAACCAAACGAAGAGAAGACUCGACCAAGGAAGGACGGAGCGGAUGCACGAGAGAGCUCUGAAAAAUAUCAAAAUGAAAUUUUUUCUCAGUGUUUGGCACUGUACACAGUUGUUUGAAAUGGAAUUGAUAAAAACUUUUUUUGUAAAACAAAUUUUGUCUUACAAAAGCAUACCACGAAGACAGAAGCAGCAACCGGCUCCAUCUCAGAGUAUUGAGAAGAGCAUCAAAAGCUGGACCCCAAGCAGAACUGCGAGCUGGACCGAGAGCAGAAGGAAGAGGAAGAGGAAGAGAGGAGUCGACCAUCCAACGAAGGAGCGAACGAAAGAAUGAUUGGGAUUGGCGACCGUCUGAGCCGAGCCAGUGCCACGUUGUCUCCCGCGCGAUUUCCGUGCCGCAGGGACUUUUGA